AUGGCAGGUCCUCAUUACGAUUUCUUGAUCAAAUUACUUCUCAUUGGUGAUUCAGGUGUCGGUAAAUCAUGUCUGCUCCUUAGGUUCUGUGAUGAUGCUUGGACACCAUCUUUCAUCACUACCAUCGGUAUCGAUUUCAAGAUCAGGACUAUCGAACUAGACGGAAAGAGAAUCAAAUUACAGAUCUGGGAUACAGCCGGUCAAGAACGAUUCAGGACUAUCACAACAGCUUAUUACAGAGGUGCUAUGGGUAUUUUGUUGGUGUAUGACGUUACAGAUGAGAAAUCAUUUAAUAACAUCCGAACUUGGCAUGCCAACAUCGAACAACACGCUUCACCGGGAGUCAACAAGAUCUUGAUUGGUAACAAAUGCGAUUGGGAUGAGAAGCGAGUCGUAACGCUCGAACAAGGUCGUGCUUUGGCCGAUGAAUUCGGAUUGAGAUUCUUGGAAACUUCAGCUAAGGCGAAUGAAGGUGUAGAAGAGGCUUUCUUCACUCUUGCUAGAGAUAUCAAGACCCGACUGAUCGACUCUCAACCUCAAGAAGCUGCACCUGUAUCUCUCGGAGCCGAUCGACGAGGUGUGGACGUCAACAAGCAAUCUAACACUUCGCAAGGUGGAUGUUGCAGUUAA